ACACUCUUCUAGGAGGAGCCGAGGGUAUUUAGUUUCCACACGCGGUCUGUGGAGAGAGUUAGCUAACGCUAGGCUACAGCGUGGAGAGGAGCUGAACAGAGCGGAGGACUCGCACAGCUAUGCAGUUGCAGGAGUGGUUGCGUUCUCUUCGUCCCAGCAGUGGUGGAUUGGGGAAAUCAUUAGAGGAGGAUAUUCGGAGUCUUCUUCCCGCUCUCCCCUCCUCGUUCUCCUCUCUCUCCCUCUCUCCACCCUCUAUCAUCGGACUGGGAGCGCUGGCGUCCCUCACGGCAUACUGGCUAGUCACUCGGCCCCGCUCCAUACAGCCACCAUGUGACCUGCAGGCUCAGUCCGUGCCUGUAAAGGGCGACCCGAGCUGCAGACGUUCGGCUUUAUUGAAAGACGACAAUCUGCUGGACUUCUACUAUGAAGACACAAAGACAGUAUACGAGGUGUUCCAAAGGGGCUUGAGAAUAGCAGGGGAUAGACCAUGUCUUGGCUUCAGGAAACCAGGAGAGCCUUACCAGUGGAUACCCUACACAGAGGUGGCAGAAAGGGCUCAGGUGCUGGGGUCCGGCUUGCUGGCAAAAGGAUGCAAACCUAAUCCCAAACAAUUUGUGGGCAUCUUUGCUCAGAACAGGCCAGAGUGGGUUAUUGCAGAGCUGGCCUGCUACACUUUCUCCAUGGCUGUAGUGCCCCUGUACGACACACUGGGUCUAGAGGCGAUGGUGCACAUCCUCAAUCUGGCGGAGAUCUCUUUGGUGAUCUGUGAUAAAGAAGAGAAGGCAGAGUCUCUGCUGCUGAAUAAGGAGAAGGGAGUGACCCCUGCUCUGUCCUGCCUGGUGCUCUUUAACCCUGUCAGUGCUGCUCUGGUGGAGCGAGGGAAGGCCUGUGGAGUGGAGAUCAUGCAUCUUUCAGAGAUCAUGGAUCUGGGCCAGGAAAACCUUAAGACUCCAGUGCCUCCCAAGCCUCAGGACCUUGCAGUGGUGUGUUUUACAAGUGGGACAACAGGAAAGCCGAAAGGAGCUAUGAUCACCCAUGGCAACAUCGCCUCCAAUACAUCCUCUGUCAUUAAGAUCUUAGAGGGCUUUUUCGUGAUUCGCCAAGAAGACGUGUCAAUCUCGUAUCUGCCUCUGGCUCAUAUGUUCGAACGCAUGAUUCAGGUGUCUAUGUUCUGCCAUGGAGCUCGAGUGGGCUUUUAUCAGGGCGAUAUCUCGCUGCUCAUGGACGACAUCAAGACCCUGAAACCCACCUUCUUCCCUGUGGUGCCCCGCCUACUCAACCGCAUCUACGACAAGAUCAUAAGCUCGGUGACGUCUCCGCUGAAGAGGGCCAUCCUGCACUAUGCUGUGAGGAGGAAACAGGCUGAGCUGAGCUGUGGGAUCGUCAGAAACAACAGCUUUUGGGACAAACUCAUCUUAAACAAGAUACAGGCCAAUCUAGGGGGGAAUGUUCGGUUCAUCCUGACUGCCUCCGCUCCCAUCUCCCCCACGGUGCUCUCCUUCCUCAGGGCCACACUCGGCUGCCUGAUAUUUGAAGGCUAUGGACAGACUGAAUGUACGGCUGGCUGCACCUUCUCUAUGCCUGGAGACUGGACUGCAGGACAUGUCGGAGCUCCUCUCCCAUGUGCCAGAGUGAAGCUAACAGACAUUCCUGACAUGAACUACUACGCCAGCAGCGGAGAGGGAGAGAUCUGUAUCCAGGGACCCAGUGUAUUUCAGGGUUACCUGAAUGAUAAGGAGAGAACAGAUGAGGCUCUGGACAGCGACGGCUGGCUGCAUACAGGAGACGUGGGACAGUGGCAGCCAAACGGGACCCUGCAGAUCAUAGACAGGAAAAAGAACAUCUUCAAACUGUCUCAGGGAGAGUACAUCGCUCCAGAGAAGAUAGAGAACGUGUACUCGCGCUGUGUACCUGUGCUGCAGGUGUUUGUUCAUGGAGACAGUCUACAGUCUUUCUUGAUAGGUAUUGUAGUCCCAGACCCAGAGGUGUUCGUUAACUGGAAUAAAGACAGAGGAAUUGUGGGAUCUUAUGAAGAGCUCUGCCAGAAUCCUGAUGUGAAGAAAGCCGUGCUGGAGGACAUGACCGCAGUGGGGAAAAAGGCAGGACUGAAGUCGUUUGAACAGGUGAAGGACGUGUAUCUGCACUCAGAGCUGUUCAGCAUUAGUAACGGUCUCCUCACCCCCACCCUGAAGAGCAGACGAGUGGAUCUGCGCAGAGUCUUCAGUGAACAGAUCAAUCAGAUGUACAGUAAAGCCGCCCUGUAGCCUCCACACAAACACCCUGCGACUGUCCUGCUCCUGUUCGAGCAGAACCACAUCAGAGAGGGUCUCUGGACAUAGCUAUGGGUUUUCUUUUGAUGAUAUGAGGGGAGGUAUAAUGUAUUUUUAUUAUUGGUUUAUAUUAUUUUGCUCCGUCCACUGGUGAACAGUCAUCAAAAAAAAAAUCACAAUCAUUGUGCAGUAAGUCAUUACACUCUGAUGGAAGAUUAGAAGGAAUUAAGAAUUGAGUCAUUUGACUGCUGUGAGAGAUCUGAUAAUAUAUAAAAGGAUCAAAACGAAAAGAUGCAUUAUAAUAUCCAGUUUACUAUUUGUGGAAUUCCACGUUCAUGCUAAUCUCAGUAGAACUUAAUUUAUUAUUAUUAUUAUUAUUAUUAACUCUGAUCAGUCACAAUUACGUCCAGCAAUAACAAAAUCAUGCUGUAAUUUUAGAUUUCCAAUUUUCAGCCAUUUAAAGCCAUUUAAAACAACAAAGAAACCACGCUUCUGACAUUUCAUCUAAAGUCAUGAACAAGAAAUAUCGGAGGGAUAACAUUCGUUAAUUAUAAUUCCAUCACUAAUCAGAUGUAAUUUAGAAGUUAAAUAAUUUUAAAGUCUCAAUUCUGGUGGGAUUUUUAUUCUGUCCACAUGUAUCCAGAUGUUUUUAAAAACUGUCUGGAUAUUUGUAUUUUUUCUUAUCUUAUCCAGGCCUGGAAAUAUCUUUAUUAACUCCAUGACUUUUCAGGUUUUUCAUGACCGUACAAACCCUGUGUAAUGUAAUCUGAUUUAGAACAAUUUCAUUACUGGGGGGUGUUUUUUUAUGGGAGUCAUCAGAUCAUGUAGGAAUGGAGGCUCAUGCAAGCGUUUUUAAAUAUAUCUGGAUACAGACAGAGCCUAAAACAUUUUAACCUGCAUCCGUCCAACUGCAGAGGAACCCACGUUCUGGGAAUGCUACGUGUUCUCGUAUUUUUUUUGCUAAUGGAUGAUGUUUUAAUUUCUGCUCGUAAAAAUGCAGUGAAUUUGAAUCGUCAUGGUAACAGCUUCAUUCUGAUGUAUCAUUUCUGAUGAUUAAUCAGCGGGAUGAUUUCUAAUGUAAACCUUAGAAAUGUAAAGCUGUGUAAUUUAUGCAGUGUUUAUUAUUUGAAAGAACUGUAUGGACUGUAAAUGUGACACUUUGAGCUGUACAUAUUCCGAGGUGUAAAACCUGUAGAUUAUGAACUCUUCGUUUUAGUAAAGUGAAAACGUAGGAUUUUCAGAAGAACUUCAUGUGUUUUAAUGUAGAAAUGAAAAAGUUAUAGGAAAGACUGUUUUAUAGGAAAGACACUUUUAUUCUGUGUUGAAUAAAUGGUCCAAGUUGAACAUU